AUGGACGGGAGGGCCUACCAGUCAUCGAAGCGUAAAUCCAGUAAGUUGGACUGGGAUUCAAACUUCCAAGGUAAAAAAAUCCGUAAGAAGUCUGGCAUGCAGCUAUAAAUACUACCAGACUAAGGUCUAAGCAUAGUAAUUCUGAUCUCUUCCUUUGGAAACCCCAAACAAAAAUCUGAAUUCUUUUCUUCUAUACCUCUCCUCCUAAAAUCUGGGUUUUUCACUUGCUUUACCUCUCAAAUUUAAAAUUCAACUCAACAAUUCUUCAUCGUUCAAAUAUUCAUUUCCUUUAUCUCUGUUUCAAACCAAGAAUCUUAUCUUUUCCUUUUCUCUGUUUUCAUCAUUAUUUCACUUUCUUUUGCCUUUUUUUAAUUUUGUUCUAAUAGGAAAAGGGACAGUUUUUAGCACUCUGUUUCCUCUGUUUUGAUUCAGAACAACAAACGAAUCAAGGAAAAAAUGCAAGAAAUCAAUCAUCCUUUUGGAUUCAACAAUGCUGCCGAUAUUGGGUCUUCGCUAUCACAGCUUAUAUUAUUAGGAGGCUCAAAUACCUUAGAUGCAGUCUUCUCUCAGCGCGCACGAUCAACGACAACAAUAUCAACAGACAUUACUACCAACUCUGUUUAUGAGCCAUUAGGCUCUUCAGUCUAUCUCCGCCAAAGAGAUCUACUUCAAAAGUUCUGCGAAGAGAACAAAGGAAACGCUUCAUUUUCACGCUACUCUCUAACGAAUCAGCUUCAAAACUGCCAAAACCUUGCAUCAAAGAGCAACUACUUGAGUCCUCAAAAGAAGAAGCUCUACAGGGGCGUGAGGCAGAGACACUGGGGCAAAUGGGUAGCCGAAAUCAGACUUCCACAAAACAGGACGCGAGUCUGGUUAGGCACUUAUGAAACAGCUGAAGUUGCAGCUUAUGCCUAUGAUCGUGCCGCGUAUAAGCUUAGAGGAGAAUAUGCAAGGUUGAAUUUUCCAAAUAUGAAGGAUCCCAGUACGUUGGGGUUUGGAGAUUGUGCUAGGUUGAAUGCUCUGAAGAAUACAGUGGACGCUAAGAUUCAAGCCAUUUGUCAAAAGGUGAAAACAGAGAGAGCUAAAAAGAAUGCCAAGAAAGGAAACUCUGAUCGUCCUGCUGCUUCUCCUGAACCUGAAAAAGAAGUGAAGGUAACCCAAUCAUGUUCAUCGUCUUCAUCGUUAUCGCCUGCGGUUUUUGGUGACAAUAUAAGCAACAAGUUGCUGCCAUCAACUGUGUCCGAAGAUGGUUAUUGGAGAUGUGAGAAUUCACUGUCCUCUGUUUCCAAUGAUCAUCCAAUGAUGUUGGCAGUGGAACCACAAUUUGAGGACUGUUUGCUCGCGAAAAUGCCAUCUUUUGAUUAUGAAUUGAUAUGGGAGAUUCUUGCAAAUUAGGAUCACAACAUUCUCAUUCAUUUUUCUCUAAAUGAAAAAUUGCAGCAUACAGCUGUUAAAAAAUCGAGAGAGAUUUCUCCUCUCUUUUUGGUUUGUAGUGUCAAUGGUAGUUUUAUUGGGGGAUCUUGUAUCAAUGAUGUCGUUUUAUUUGAUGUUGUUUUGUUAGAUUGGCUUUUUGAUUUUGUACGAAAGGAUUAUUUAAGCGUUAAGAAUGUUUUUUUUUUUCUGAUAGUUGAAAUUCUACUUACACUAGACAAAGUCACAAAGGCGUUAUAAUUGAAUUGAA